UGCGCACUCCACGUCUCCACCAUCAAACUCAAAAAUAAAAAAAUCAAAAGAAUUUAUCAAAAAAAGGCUGAAGAACAAGAAAUCAAUCUGUACGGCUAUGGCGAUGGAAGCAUACACCUCAAAAUUCCCAGACAAAAUCCACAAAGACGUUCUCUCAAACGCUAGAGAAUCUUGUUACAAGGCUCGUGAUGCAUUCUACGCAUGUCUAGAAAAGCAUUCAAACAAGAAACCAACUGAAAUUGCUUCUGUGGGUCUUCUUUAUCCUCUUGAUUGCAAGAAAUCAAGAGAUUCAUAUGACAAUGUUUGUCGCCGUACUUGGGUGAAGCAUUUUGAUAGGCAGUAUUGUGCUAAGAAGAGGGCUGAAAGGUUGUUAGAUGAUAACGAAGCCAGAAGAGGGCCGAUUUCGCUUCCGCAGGGUUCUAAGGUUAAGCCGCAGAGUUAAUAAAGACUUUUGGUUAGUUUGUUUAUGUUUGUUCGAUUGAAAGAGUAUAGUGAAGUGAUUACAUAAUUGCCAUCUAUAGGUGCUAAUGGUUAACUCGAAAACGUUGAGGGGGAGAGUAUUGGAUAGUGUUUAGUUUGAGGAUUAUAAUUGUUGGUUUUGAUGGAUAUAUGGGCAUAUGGCCAAAUAGUUUGAUAUUUGCUUUGCUAAUGAAUGUUGUCUUUUAUUUC